GUCUUGUGCAUCGAACUGGAAUUUGAGCUGAUCUGACUUCGAACAGAGGUCACUUGCAUUGUGUCGAUCCCCUGAGAGAAUCGACGAACGAGGCUACCAUGGACAUCAGACAGGCUACGAUCGACGACUUUCUUGGCAUGCAGAAUGCCAAUCUGCUCAACCUGCCUGAAAACUAUACAUUCAAAUACUAUCUUUACCAUGCUUUAACAUGGCCAGAGCUCUCAUACGUCGCGGUGGACCCGAGAGGGAGAAUCGUGGGGUACAUUUUGGCGAAAAUGGAGGAAGAGCCGACAGAUGAGCCGAGCGGACACGUCACUUCCAUUUCAGUCCUCCGACCAUACAGGCGGUUAGGACUCGCGAACCGCCUCAUGAAGCAGUCUCAGGAAGCCAUGGUCGCCCACUAUAAUGCCGCUCAAAUCACAUUACACGUCAGGAAGUCAAAUCGCGCGGCUAUAUCUCUGUACAGAGAUUCGUUAGGCUUCGAAGUUCAUGUCAUGGAGAAGGGAUACUAUGCUGACGGAGAGGAUGCGUACGGUAUGCGGUUCCUUUUCAAGAGGAAGGAUGAAGAGAGCAAAGCUUCUACAUAAUUCAAUGAAUUUAUCCACGACCGAG